AUGUCAAUGGUAGCUGCUGGUGUUGGAAAACUUGUGGAUGAGGGAAAACUUCAGUGGACAACCCUCCUGAGAGAAAUAAUACCGGAGAUUGACCAUACUGGCGUCUACUGGGCCCACAGAGCAACAAUAGCCGAUAUCCUGACACAUCGCUGUGGCUUGGAUGGAGAAAUAGUAACUUUGCUAGCUGAUGGUGGGAAUGACAACAUACAACCAUCCCUCGAAGAGUUGUUGAUGACUAUCGACCGCAUCCCUAGCCCGCUUCCGUACCGUGAGAGCUGGCGGAUCUGUCCGUGGGGGUAUACUCUCGCCGCGCACAUAAUCGAACAUAUAUGUGGGAAGCCACUUCACGAGUAUCUUCACUGUCAAGUAUUUCGGCCACUCGGGAUGAUAUCUACCACUUUCCGGCCAUCAUUUGAAGAGAGCAACAAUGUCGCUGAACCGCAUGCUUCACUUAGCAACGGGGAGGUUUAUCCAUUGACAUUUCAACCCAAUUUUGCGGAUACAUUAUUCGAAGCGUCUCGUGGAGCUUAUUCGACAGUGAGUGACCUUCUCAUAUGGGCCAAGGAAACAAUGGCUGCGAGCCAGAGCACCGAGGCAUCCCCUAACACAGUAUUGAAACAAAUACCGCACAUCCUCAGCAACCAUAUCGCAAUGCAGAGUCCAUCGUUGUUGGAAAGAUCCUACGGGUUUGGCUGGGCGAGAGUUCAGCUUCCUGGUAUUGUUGGCCAUCUUGGUGGAAAUUCAGGGCUUUGGGAAAUGCCUGAGAAGCCUGUCUUCGGGGCUGGAAACCAGUCUAGGCUCAUGAUCUAUCACCAAGGCGGAGGGCCAGGAUACUCUUCCUUCCUUGCUAUGUUUCCCGAGACACAAUCAGCCGUUGUAGUUCUCAUGAACACCACUGCGGCGACUGAUGCUGCUGACUGGAUCGCGCGACUGCUGAUCGAGGGGCUCUUCGACUUCGCCACACCCACCGAUUAUAUGAGACUCGCAGAAGAAGGUAGAAUACGGGCACUCAAUCGAUUUGCUACACUACAUAACAGGUUAACCGAAGAGAGAAUCCAAGGAGCCCCACCACUACCCCUAAAAUGCUACGUCGGCAAGUACAGCAACGAAAAAUAUAGAUACAUGCUGGAAGUCACUCUGACUCCAGAGUCGGAGAGCGACCUUAUGAUUUCCUUCCAAGGUCUCGACUCACAGCGCUACCCUCUCCGUCACUACCACGACCACGUCUUUGAGUGGAGCAUGAGCUUUGACGACGUGAAGAAGAGCGGAAGAUAUGAUAUCGCAGAUCCUUCGUACUAUAAGAUUCGCUUCGAAAUCUAUCCUGACAAUCGAGCGUCUCGGAUAAUUUGGAACAUUCACGAUGCGUCAGUUCCAGAUGGACUAACAUUUGAGUGGAAGGAUGAGCGCCUUGCAGAAGCAUGGCGCGCAGUACGUGCCGGUAUGCAUCGCUUCGUUUCAAACAUGAUAUAUCUAGGAUUCGCUACUGACUCGAGGAAAAACUGCUAUUUAGACAUCACGGCCGCCAAGAAAUUGUCGUAA